UCAAAAUACCACACGUGCUAUUGGCAACAGUCCGGUCUUUAAAGUCAGUGUUUUUGUUAGAUAAAUUGCAAUAAAAUGCCGCCUAUCGCGAAAAAAUAUAAAGUAAAGUCAAAUUCGGAUGUGUCUGACAAGAGUGUUUCAGAGAGUCCGGCGAAAAAGACUGUCGUCUCAGGACAAUUACAGAAAUCAAUAGCCAACAAGCGGAAAGCCCGCAAAGGAAAAUUCAAGUCCCAGCGAGGUGUUGUGUACGUGAAAAACUUGCCGCAUGGCUUCUUCGAGGAGCAACUUCAAAAGUACUUCCAACAGUUCGGGAGGGUUACGAAGGUUCGCUUGGCCCGGUCAACCCGCACGGGCACCAGCAAAGGCUUCGCAUUCAUUGAGUUCGAAGUACCAGAGGUUGCCGAGAUUGCGGCAGAAACGAUGAACAACUAUCUCAUGUUUAGGAAGAUUGUCAAAGCCACCUACAUUCCACCGAAUGAGCAAAAAUACAAUUUCUUCAAAACAUCAGUUCGCAAAGUUCGGAACAAGUUUGGCAAAGAAAUCUUCGUUUCCUGCAAGACACGAGCUGCCAACCGCACAGUUCGCCAGAUGAAUAAUUGGUCAGACGAAAACUACGAAAAGCGAGUUAAGAAGAGCAAGCGGAAAUUGAAUGCACUUAAGCGCAAAUAUGCAGAAUUUGACGUUGAUCUGGAUGCUUGUGUGCUCGGACCAGAUGGUUCAGUUGCCAAGGAGGAGUCCUCUAAUGCCGAGAAAAGUGACCAAUCGGGCGCCCACUCCCCCGUUAAGAAGAAGCAGAAAACAGCCAGCAAUGGGGAUGCUUCAGUGAGUUCCGGCGUAGAUUCCACUCCAGCGAAAUCUACGCCGUCAACGAAAUCUGAAAAAUCUUCCACGAGUCAGAAAGAAAAUCAGAAACUGAAGAAGCACAGCUCGGGGGGUGUUACGAUAGAACACCUUUUACAUACAACCAUAGAAGACGACAGCUCCGGGGAUGAAGAUUUCAUCCCCGACGAUAAGUUUGUUUCGGACGAUGACACCUUGCAUGAUGAGGACGAUGAAGAAUCCGAAAAUGAAGAUGGGGAGUUAUCGGAGCAAAAGAGCAGUUCCAAAGGUUCGAGCAAUGGCAAGGAAACCACCCUGCACCGUUUGAUGGAGGAUACGAUAGAGGAAGAUGAUUCUUCGGAUGACGAUUUUGAUCCUGAAGAGGAAAGUGAAUGGAAUUCGGCAUCGGAAAGCGACGAGGACUCGCCUACAGAAAUUUCCAAAAAGAAAACGCCCAACGCCCAGAGUAAAUUAGAGAAAAUCAGUCAAAGAAAGCCGCUCCAAGGUGGGAUUCAGAAGAAAGGCAAAGUACAAAAGCCAGUCAAGAGCACAGCGCUGAGGCAGAAGAUUCAGGAAUCUGUCAAGGCGAUGGUGAAACAGAAGCAAAUAGCACCAGUUAAAGGUAAAGUCGGUAAGAAAGCGAAGAAGCGUAGCGUGUAGCAGUGAUCUAAUCGCGGUUUUUGUAAGGUUAAGUCAGUUUGUUUCGUAUUACGUAUUUCGUUUAAUAAAAGUAUAUUUUAUUGACACUGAAA